CGCUCAUGCGCAGAAAUCUCCGUAUCAAUAGCCACGGAAAAUCAGGUUCCAGAAAAUCUUGUCAAGCAGCCACUCCAUAAUAAUUUAUGAUCACAUUUUAGGCGUAGUAAACCCUCUCGCUUCGUCUCUUCCUCUCUGCUUCUAGUACUACAGGUGGCCGAAUUCCGUCCAAAACAACGACCGCAUAACUGGUUUGCAGGGUCACCGCGAGCUAUCUAGUCUUCGGAAAUAUGGCACUUUUUCAUUUGAUUGCAGGUUGGAUCGGUUAUUUGCUUAUGUGCCUGCUUGGUUUGAUUUUGAUCGCGUUUCUAAUUUUUUGUCUUUACAUAAAAUAUAUUCAUCUGAAAUAUGAUCACAUACCGGGCCCACCAAGGGAUAGUUUUAUAUUUGGUCAUUCCCCAACCAUGCUGAGGGAGAUGAGCAAUGGUCGAGUUGUCCACGACAAAUUUCUGGAAUGGGCUGAGACAUAUGGACCGGUGUACCGUAUCAACGGUAUGCAUGUUGUGGUGUUGUGUGUGACCUGUCCUGAUACCACCAAGGAAGUCCUGAUGUCACCUAAGUACCCUAAAGACUCACUGGUCUACAAGCGUCUCUUCAACCUGUUUGGACAGAGGUUUUUGGGAAGUGGCCUGGUCACUGCACAGAAUCAUGAUGAGUGGUACAAACAGCGAAGAAUAAUGGACCCUGCCUUUAGCAGUCUGUACCUGCGGGGUCAGAUGGGUGCGUUCAACGAGAGGGCAGAGAAGCUGAUGGAUAAACUGGCAGACAUGGCUGAUACCAACACAGCUGCCAACAUGCACCACAUGUUCAACUGUGUGACACUGGAUGUCAUCACUAAGGUGGCGUUUGGAGUGGAGCUGGAUCUGUUGAAGGAGAGUGACUCUCCGUUCCCCAACGCUAUAGAGAUGUGUCUGAAGGGAAUGGUCCACUAUCUCAGAGACGCCACCUUCCAGCUCUACCCAAAGAACAAGAAGUUCAUCAACGAGGUGAAGAAGUCUUGUCAGCUGCUGCGUUCGACAGGCAGACAGUGGAUCAACGAGAGGAAAAUGGCCGUCCAAAACGGAGAGGACGUUCCAAAAGACAUCCUCACACAGAUCCUCAAGACGGCUGGCAAAGAGGAAAACAUAGCAAACGAUGAUGAGGAGCUUAUGCUGGACAACUUUGUGACGUUCUUCAUUGCGGGGCAAGAGACAACAGCCAAUCAACUAGCUUUUGCCAUCAUGGAACUGGGAAGGCUGCCAGAGAUAUUGACGAAGGUGAAGCAGGAAGUGGAUGACGUCAUCGGGAUGAAACAGGAAAUCAGCUUUGACGACCUGGGGAAGAUGACCUACCUGUCUCAGGUUUUGAAGGAGACUCUAAGGUUGUACCCUACAGCACCAGGCACUUCUCGCUUCAUCCCCAACGACAUCGUCAUCAACGGCAUCCCCAUCCCAGCAGGAGUCUCAUGCUUCUUCAGUUCGUAUGUCUGUGGAAGGUUGGAUAAGUUCUUUGAGGACCCGCUGAAGUUUGACCCAGAGAGGUUCCAUCCAGACGCUGCCAAACCCUAUUACUGCUACUACCCCUUCGCCCUGGGACCACGCUCAUGUCUGGGACAGAGCUUCGCACAGAUGGAGGCCAAGGUAGUGAUGGCCAAGCUGCUCCAGAGGUUUGACGUCAGCCUGCUGCCUGGCCAGUCCUUUGACAUCCUGGACACUGGGACUUUGAGACCAAAGAGUGGAGUGGUGUGUAACAUCAGACACAGAGGACAGACACCCGCAGCCUGACCUGACUGGGGCCUGAACAUGACUAGCACUUCUCUAUAGCUUACUUGUCUUAUUCCUUACACUUCCUAGUGGAGCAAAUUACCUCUUUCUUUCAAUGAAGCACCUUAUUCAAAUAUCUUGCUAUUUUUAAUAAAUCGAUUUUGAACAAUUAUGUUUAUUUUUUGUAUCAAUGGUGAAAUAAUAUCUUAAAUAUAACGGUUCUAUGUGAUGAAGAGAGUUACUAGGACAGACUUGACAUAGAAGUGUUUCCUUGUUGCUUAAUACACCCUUAUCAUGUUGUUACUAUGCAGUAUACCAUUUAUCACAUAAUAUAAAGGUUACUAUGCAGUAUACCAUUUAUCACAUAAAGAGCUUUAUAAAGUAUAUUAACUAAUUUGAUGAACUUCCUAACCAACAUUACCACAGUGCCUCUGUUGGAGUGAAUUUACUGUAUUUUAAUAAAAUAAUUGACCAAACAUCA